AUGGACGAAGCAACACUGGGAUAUAACAUGCAUAAGAUGAAUCAGCCACUUCUGAUAACCACAAUGCCUGUCGAGAGCGACCUUUACGACUUGUUAGGCGUGUCUACUAUAGCCAGUGAAGGUGAGAUCAAGAAAGCCUAUCGAACAAAGGCGAAGGAUCUCCACCCGGACAAGAACCCAAACAACCCCGAUGCCAUUGCAAAAUUCCAGGAGAUGGCUGCUGCCUACGAGAUACUCAACGAUCCCGACUCGAGAGAAGCAUAUGACCGCUACGGAAUGGAAGGCAUCGGUGGUGGCCAUGGUGGUCCCGGUCCUGGCGGUAUGGAUCCGAACGACAUCUUCGCCGAACUAUUUGGAGGCGGAGCUGGAAUGCGGUUCGAUUUUGGCGGUAUGGAUGGAGGAAUGCCGGGAGGGUAUUCAAGAAGGUCUAAGGGCCAAGAUUCGGUAAUUCCGUAUGAGGUCACAUUAGAGGAUCUUUACAGCGGAAAGAGCGUGAAGAUGAUGAUGGAAAAGGAGAUCGUCUGCGGGGUCUGCAAAGGGUCGGGGGCUAAAGGAAAUGCCAAACCUAAAAAAUGCGUCAAGUGCGAAGGGAAAGGAUGGACCCACGUUCAAACUCCAAUAUCCUCGACACGAUUAGGAACAUCUCGAGCUGCUUGUCCAGAUUGCGACGGGGAGGGCGAAAAACUACGAGAAAAGGACAGGUGCAAAAAGUGCAAGGGCGACAAAGUCGUCAAGGACAAGAAACGGCAAGAAAUUUUUGUAGAACGCGGGAUGAGUGAUGGUCAACGUAUCGUCCUUGCGGGUGCAGGUGAUCAGCAGCCUGGUCUUCCUGCCGGAGACGUCAUAUUCGUUCUUAAAUCUCUUCCUCACGAGUCCUUUGAACGUUCCGGCAGCGAUCUGCUCACCACCGUGAAGAUCACGCUCUCUGAGGCCCUCCUAGGUUUCAAUCGCAUAUUACUCAACCAUCUAGAUGGUCGUGGGAUUCAGGUGGCGAGCCCAUCAGGGAAGGCGAUCAAGCCAGGACAGGCCAUUGUACUUCGUGGGGAGGGUAUGCCUAUCCACAAGAGACCAGAUGAGCGAGGUAACCUCUACGUCAUGUUGGACGUCGAAAUGCCUGAUGAGCAAUGGCUCCAGGGCAUUGACCGUAAAUUACUCGAGUCUUUGCUUCCACCGAAGAAGGUCGACGUCGACCCGAAGCCGGAAAUCGUUGAUGAGGCCGCAUACGAGGAGACUGACGUGGUCGAAGUGCGUUCUCGGUCUUUCCCUGCCGGGUCGGACUUCUUUGACCAGGGUUUUGCAUCGCAGUUCGGUGAGGACGAGGGUGCUUGGGAAGAUGACGACGAUGACGAUGAAGGCGUUGAGCCUGAAUGUCGACCGCAGUGAUCCUCCGGUGGCACCUGUACUUUGCGCGUCCACAGGCGACCUAGCCGAGUCGAUAUCUGCCACGACUCGGUGGCUUUCGGAAGCGUCAUGAUCUAGCACCCACUAUAAUAUGCGUCGACGCCUUUACGUCCUAUUUAGGGCCACCUUGCUUAUCGCCGGUCCAACCUACCUGCUUCAUACAUGAAAUUCAUUCAAGAAGUCGAUCAACCGUCCUGGCCUCCGCGAAGUCGUGUUCUAUGUAUUUGUGCGAGAUCAACUCUAGAUCUCAUGCACCCGCGGUGAGGUAGAAUAAUCGGUCGCCGCGCUCCGUACUCGAGGGGUUUCAAUAGUCCCGAAAGAGCAUUAUAGUCGAAAAGCUUAUAAUGCAUAAAUUGGAAAAAUCG